UGUAUGCGCAUGCGCGGCGAGUGGGACCCGUUUUUGAAGUCGAUUUUAAAUUGAGUGGCGCGAGGUUUCAAUAGGAACCAAUUGUUUCGGUGGCGAGUUUAAACGUUACUGAGUUUUAUUGCUGGGGUAUUAAAAGCAACUUGAUGUUUCAUGGAACCUUAGAGCAUGACCACACGGCUUAGAGGGAACAUUGGUUGUAGGUCUGAAGGAGAGUACAGCAAAGGAGCAAGGCUUGGAAAAAGUUGUUUUUUUCCCCCCUAUAAAGGCACGCAGCUUGAAGGCCUCGGCCUCACUCUCUCAGCAGAGCAGUUUUAAUGGAUCCAAUACAUAAUUUCUUCACCAAGUUGAGGACCCUUGCAAUAAAUUUGGAGAACGAAACCAAAUAUCUUGAUCAUGCUUUGAAUAAUGAGUCUGAUCAUGAAGAAGAAGCUCCAAAAAAGAUCCUUCAUGAGUUACAUUCUGAAGUCAGGCAUAUAAAGGCUGAUGUUCAAAAAAAAGUGGAAACCCUUAAUGAUGAAUACAGAGAAAAUAAUGAAUUAAUUAGAGCCUUCCGAAUACUACAACAAAAAAAUUGUGCAGAUCUUGAAGAAAUUGAAGAACACUUUCAGAAUUAUGGCUAUGAAUCCUUGAGUAGCAAAAAUGAAGAACCACAGGUUAAAUUAACGAGUACCGAAACAGUUGGAACUGAAAAUUCUGAACAUGAACUUGAAAAGCAAAAUAAUGAAGUUGCCACUCCACCACAUGAGAAGCCUUUGAACGACUCCUUACGUACCCCUCAACUUGAAGAUUUUGGACUUGGUCACUUAAUGUUUCAAAGUGCAUGGGGAGAGCCAGAAUGUAAUCAGGCCACAGAUCCCAAAAUCAGUCUGGAAUUCUCUGGAAAGAAGUGUUCUUCAACUUUGCAAGGUCCGAUUAUACCAAAGACACCAAAAUGCACAUUACGGCUGGAUGAUGAGAUGCUUCUCACUCCCAAGCUGGAACAUUUUGGUAUUACAGAACAUACUGGUUAUGUAAAUGACUUUACUUUGGCACUGUAUAAUAAAUCUGCUCAACCAGAGAUGAACAGUUGUACACCUAUACCAACAACUGAAGAAGAUCAGUGUGUUAAUUCUGUGUCAAAGCAGAUUGAAAAUGCUUCUGUGUCUUCUAUGACACAACAGGCAGAUCCCAACACUGGAGAUUUUCUGAAUUCUCCUUUGUCUCCCGUAUUUUGCACUCCUGGUCUGAGAAUUCAUAAAGAUUCCUCCCAAACUCCAGCAAAUGAAGAAAGGAAAUCAAAUGGCUCUCUACCAUCUCCAGUAUUGCCAUGUUUUGAAACACCAUGGCUGAAAAAGCAAUCUUCUUGUCAAAAUUCUAAGAAUGAAAAAACAACUACACCUAUAGAGAAAACUUCUUCAGAUUUAGAACAGCCUCCACCACCAGCCAUUAAUUCUAUGAAUUACCUUAUGAAUGGAUGCAACAAAUCACCAUCGCCACCACUGAUGAUAACUGAACAUGAAAUGCCACAGACACCAAAGGCCCCAAAAAUGGCUACACACAUUACUGCAGAUGUCCUUAAGAUUUUGUUGUCUUAUGAUGCAAAUUUAAGGACUCCGCAUGAUACAAGGCACAAAUAUAAUAAACACAACUUGACUUCUGUUAACCUAAUGGCCCCUGAACUGAGGAGCAACUCUGAAAAAGAAAAUGGUUUUUUUGGAGAGUAAUAUAUCCAACUUUGUCCAGUCUCGAUGAAAAGAAUUUUAAAAGAUAAGCUUGGUAUUGGAAAGGAAGUGUACGACAUUAAACAGCAAAUCAGACUGUGAGAUGAGACCAAAAUAUAUGAAGUGUUAUACAAAUGGAGAGAUCUGUACAAUUGAAUUAGUGAGUACAAAGCAACCAAAAAUCUCACUGGAGUAAAGUAUGCCAUGUAAACUGUACUAUGGAGGAAAAAAGUGUUGCUGAUAGUGUUUCCAUUCUUGCAUAUUAAGGUCAGAUUAAAGCUGUAACUGACAAUGAUUCUUAAAAUAAAUUGCAUUUAUAUUUGUUUGCUACCUCCUGGAGUAGUGAAAUUAUUUGGGUGUUUGAAGCCAAGCAUUCGUCAUAUUAAGGUAGAAUAAGAUGUCGCGUGAUGUUGAAAAUGUGAUUCUGCAUUUUAAUCAGAUUUCUUAUGAAAUUAGUACUUUCAUUAUUCACAAAAUCUAAGGAUGUAGAAGAUUUUAAUUUAGUUAAGUAACUAGUUUCAGAAGUAGUAGUCAAGAGCAGGAAAUUGGAAGGAAAAGUGCUGGAGAAACUCAGCAGGUGUGACCGCGUUUGUGGAGGGAGAAGCAGAGUUACCAUUUUGAGGCCAAUUUGACUUUUCAGAACUGCUGAACAGUUCCAAUGAAGUCUUACCAAAUUCAGUUAACUUUUCACCACAGGUGUUGCCAGACUUGUUUGGGGUUUUUUCCAGCAUCUUGGUUUUAGUUCCAAUCUAUUGUACUUUAACUUGAAUCCAUAUAUUUUGGACUUUCUUCUAAUCUCAACUUGCAUGUUUUAAUCUU